GGGGCCUCCAUGAGACCUGGCCGGUUGCCUCCACCCAGCUGCUGCGUGGGACGGGCCGGCCCCGGCCCUUCUUGCCUCUCUCCAGCAUGGAUCUCCUGCAGAAGAGCAAAUACAGUCACCUGCGAAAUGAGUCCGUCUCCUCUCUGGAGGAGGCAGUGGGGGGCCUGGGGGUCCCGGCUUCCCCGGUGGAAUCCCUCGCAGGCAUGCGGUCUCUGCCUGGCUCCCUCUCCUCCUCCUCCCUCGGCCCCGCGGCGCCUCUCGGGGAGCUCUCGCCCGAGUCGGAGGACAGCCCCACCACCCUCUGCUCCUUCUUCCCCAAAAUGGCCAACCUGAAGCUCUCGAACCCCGCCAACCUGCUCAGCCUGCGAGGCUCCUCGACCGGCGGCAGCCUGGGGGAGCCUGGCCCUGCCGGGACGCUGGCACCGGCGCCGGGGGGUGCUGCCGGCCCCGACUCAGCGGGACCUGUCGCUGUCUGUUCCCAGGAUAUGAACAAGCUGAGCUGCGGGAAGAAGACGCGGGUGGAAGGUGGCCAGCUGGGGGGUGACGAAUGGACCCGCCACGGCAGCUUCGUCAAUAAGCCCACCCGCGGCUGGCUGCACCCGGAUGACAAGGUCAUGGGCCCCGGGGUCUCCUACCAUGUCCGGUACAUGGGCUGUGUAGAAGUUCUCCAGUCCAUGAGGGCUUUGGAUUUCAACACCAGGACGCAGGUCACCAGGGAGGCCAUUGGGCUGGUGUGCGAGGCCGUGCCCGGUGCCAAGGGAGCCGUGCGGAGAAGGAAGCCCUGCGGCCGCUCCCUGAACUCCAUCCUGGGCAAGAGCAACCUGAAGUUCGCCGGCAUGCCCAUCACCCUGACCAUCUCCACCAGCAGCCUCAACCUCAUGGCUUCUGACUGCAAGCAGAUCAUUGCCAACCACCACAUGCAGUCCAUCUCCUUUGCUUCUGGGGGAGACCCGGACACAGCCGAGUACGUUGCCUAUGUUGCCAAAGACCCCGUCAAUCAGAGAGCCUGUCAUAUCCUGGAGUGCCCUGAGGGCUUGGCGCAGGAUGUGAUCAGCACCAUCGGGCAGGCCUUCGAGCUGCGGUUCAAGCAGUACCUGAAGAACCCCCCGAAGCUGGUGACACCCCAUGACAGGAUGGCAGGAUUUGAUGGCUCUGCCUGGGAUGAGGAAGAGGAGGAACCAGCCCCCGAUCACCAGUACUACAAUGACUUUCCCGGCAAGGAGCCUCCCAUCGGGGGAGUCGUGGACAUGCGCCUGCGGGACGGGGCUGCUCAGACCCCCAAUCACUUGGGGGCCACGCUGCCCGUCGGCCAGACAUCCGGCGGGGAGUACGACCCGCGGAAGCAGCACGCUCCUGCCCAAGGGAGAGAGAAAUACCCGGCUCCGGCGGGCACGUCCAGCCGCACGGACCUGUUCGAUGACCCGUCUUACGUCAACGUGCAGAACAUGGACAAGACCCGCCAAGCAUCGGCCGCUGGCACCCCCACGACGGCCAACGGCAGCACCCAGAGAGAUCUCUUCGACAUGAAGCCCUUUGAAGAUGCCCUGCGUGUCCCCCCGUCCGUGCCCGUGGGGCUGCCCCCUGCCCAGGUGGUGGCUUCCAUGGAGGAGCAGCUGAGACGGGAGCCGUGGUACCACGGAAAGAUGAACCGCAAGGAGGCCGAGAAGCUGCUGAAGGUGAACGGAGACUUCCUAGUGCGGGAGAGCACCACCACCCCGGGCCAGUACGUGCUGACCGGCUUGCAGGGCGGGCAGCCCAAGCAUCUGCUGCUCGUCGAUCCCGAGGGAGUGGUGCGGACGAAAGACCACCGCUUCGAGAGCGUCAGCCACCUCAUCAGCUACCACAUGGACAAUCACCUGCCCAUCAUCUCAGCCGGCAGCGAGAUGUGCCUGCAGCAGCCGGUGGAGAGGAGACUGUGAGCGCCCGGGGGCCCCGGUGCGCAGCCCCCCGGCCCUGCUCCCUGCCCCAGGGAGCCCUCGGACUCUCAGUCGGGUGCUCUGCCCGGG